GGCUGGCAGCGGCGUGAGCGAGGACAACAACAACAACAGUCAGCUGAUGUUGACUGUGAAGGAAGACACGUGAGGUGGUCACCACACUCAACUAUUACUAUAACGAAGUGGUCAUUACGGACUGUGCUCUUUAAAUUUGAGCUUCCAAGACAGCAGAAGUCAAUAUGAAUGCCAUAGUCUCCCUCUGCCACUUCUGUGAGCUGCAUGGCCCCAGCGUUGUCUUCUGUACCCAGGCUUUCAGAGAUCAUCUUGACUUGGAUGUAUUGACUGAUGGUGGAGCUUUGGAGAUUUUGAACGGCAUGAGUUUGCAAGAUAAAGAACAGGUGAAGGGAGAAGAGACAAAUUUAUGGAAAUAUGGAAGGAUUCUUAAGGAAACCUUUGCUCAAAUGAAAAACACUUCUUCAAAUGACACGUGUGUUGCAUGCCGUUCAUUUUCACACAGCCAACCUGGUUUUAUUAGCAAUGAUGAUUCAGCAAGAGUUAGCUAUGUCAGUUCACAGUGCCCACUGCAGUCAGAAUUAUAUUUACUUGUUCGGGAAGCCUGCAUAAGAUCACUAAGCUGUGAGGUAUGUCCUGGAAGAGAAGGGCCUAUUUAUUUUGGUGAUGAGUUUCGUGGGCAUGUGCUGUCUCAUACUUUUUUUCUGCGUGAUGUUCAAGCUAGAGGAUUUCAAAGAUGGUAUAGCAUUUUGAUACUCAUGAAAGACAAAAUGCUACUGCUCAAUUCUUGGCCAUUUAUCGUGCGACACCUUCGCCAGACAAUCAUCCACCUUCAAGAGAAUGCUUCCAAGGUGUAUGAGAGUGAAGAAACUAAAGUUAGUCACCGAGCAUUAAGAUCUACAGCCUGUAUGGUGGACAGUUUCCGUAAGCGGGUGGCUGGUCAACCCAGAUCCCUCUCUGAGCUAGUCGGUGAACAAGACGUAUGGCAGCAUUUGCACUCAUCAUUUACGUGGCUUUUGAAGGCUGGUGGACUGAGGCUUCAGGAGAGACUUGUUGAAGGUCCUCCAGUCAACAUCUAUGUUUCAGAUGGCUCAAGUGUCAGUGGCGGGCUUAGUGUACGUCAGCUAUACACCAUACUAGGUGGUUCUCUCUUCCAUCGUAUGAUGCAUCACUUGCUCAUUGGUCGACAAGUCAUCUUAAGAGGAUCGUCUACAAGUGUAAUUUCAGCAAUGAUUCAGUCAUUACAGCCAUUGCUGCCAAAACACUGUUACAAGGCAAUAAAGUUUUCGCCUCAUUAUGUGGAUAGUGCAUCCUGUAACAUAUUGGGCCUUCAUGCCUUGGUAAAGGUGCCACCAGCUAUUGUAGCAAAUGGUAAUUUAUGCCUUAUUGAUAUUAUAUCCAGGGAAGAAAAUCAUGAUGUUAAUAACAAGAGUAAUAAAACUCAUUUGGAAAGAACUUCAACAGUCAUCAAUUUUAAUGAUAAAAAGGAAGAAGAAACAAAGAAUGCAGACAAACCCAAGUCAGAGAAAACAGAGGCAAACACAGAGGUUGAAGACAUUGCUGAGAGUAUCAAAAAGCUUUCAUUUAAGAUCACAGAGGAAGGCUCCUUGCCGCCUAGACCCCCACAAGUUCUAAGUCGCAUUGAGGCAGCAGUUGGCAAUUCUACACUGACACAGUCAACACUAAUGAGCUACAUUUCAACAAUUAAUUAUGAAUGGAUCAAUAAGGUCAAGGUAUGGAUUCAUGUUCAAAAGCUGAAGAAAAUACCUCAUAGCCGUCCAGAGAGAGUGCCAUCACCUGUAGCCCACUCACAUUCUGUUUCUCCAAGUCUGCCAGUACCCAUUGUGCGAAGUCCAACAAAUGCCCUUUCCCGAUCUCCUGUAAUACCAGCCUUUCGAAGCUCAUCUGGUAACCUGAAUAUGAUUUCCCAAGAAGUAGCACCACAAGAUGAGCGUCACCAGUUAUUAGCAGCUUUAGGUUCAACUGAGUGGGAUGUUCCAUUGUUAGAAUUCUGGGCUAAACAUUUUAAUAGUGGACAGGAAACAUGCUAAGCAUUUUUAUUAUUAUUUAACCAAGUUUUUUUUAAUCAAGUGUUCUUUAUUUGUUUUUACUUAUUUCUGGAAGGCCCGUUCUAUAGAUCUCCUGAAGCUGAUGUGCUGGUGUAUUAAAGUUGUAAGUGUACCAGGCCUCUGCUAACACUACAAGUUUCUUGUAAUGUCGAUAGGCUUUGUCCGGCUUGACAUGUAACAUAAUGCAAUGCUGUGUUGGCUUCAAAAUAAUAUUUAGGUAAUGUAUUCUAGUCAUCCUUACUAAGUAUUUACCAUAUACCUGGUAAAUAGUAAGAAAAUUUAUAUCAAAUUAUGAAGAACCUAUUAACAUCAAUAAAAAAUUACAAAUUAUUAUGUCACAGCAUCCUCUUACACACACGUUGCUCAUUGACAUGUGAUCAAUGAGAUCAUUGAAAAUACAGUACAGCAUUGUACUUAGUAAUCUAAGUGUAAUUACCUAAGUGUAGUUAGAGGAUGAGAGCUAUACUGUACUAAAAAUUAUAUUUCCUAGUUUUGUCAUGUAACACACCCUUAUCUUAUAAAUAUCUAAUUUCUAAUAUCUAUCUAAUAAAUAUUAGCCUCCAUUUAUAUGAACAGAAUACCUGUGUUGUAAUGAGCUAUACAAAAAUAUAUUUAGGGGAUUCUCAAAGAAAAUGUAUUUUUGUGGGUGAGUAUUUGGGAGACAAUUCUCCCUAUCAGUUCUUGUGGAAGUUGUUUUAGGUGGAUUCUAUUAGUAUAAAGACUUGCCACUGUUGUGCCACCUGGCCUCUGUUAAACUACUAUGCAGUGGGCAAUUUAAUAUGGUAAAAAAACACACUAUUGCUUUGUCAGCAAGCAGCAAUAAUUACCAGGCCAGCCAGUGGAGGUGCUACAGACUUGGUGUUAUGUUACAAUGUUAGGUCCAUCCAAACUUUUGUCUUGCAUUCCUUAAUGCAGUACAUUGUUGAAAAUAAUGAACAUUCUGCCACCAUGUCGGCUUAAAAUAUUGGAAAUGUGUCGAUGAAGGUUUUAAUGAAAGGAAUUGCAAGAAGGAACAACCUGUCAUGAAUUUUGAGCACAAAUUAAGAGUUAAGAAAGUGAAGAUGCAUUUCUAAAUUGUGUGCGGUGUAAUGAUUAUUUAUAUUUUGAGGACUAAACGUGAGCUCUUUGCCUACUUUGCUCGUAUUACUAUAAAAAUUAUAAAAAAUUUCACUGUUUGUAUGUGAUGAGUAUCAUUAUAUUAUGCCUGUAAAAAUAUACAGGGUUAGGGUGGUGGAUGAUGUACUGAAAUACUAUACAGUACAGCAUCUCGUCUUAAUUUUUCUACAACUACUAUAGGCAACAUCUCAACCUUUGGUGAGAUAUGUUAGCCUUGAAGUGUGUGAGGCAGAGGCUAGUUUCUAUAACUUAAAGCCAAAGAUUUUACAGUAAGGCUGAGUAUGAGAUGUUUAUUUAUUUUGUAUUUCCUUUGUUUUACGAGAAUGUACAUAAGCGCAUUAAAAUACAGUACAUAA